UCAAAAACAUACAGCUGUGACCUCCCUUCUCUUUACAAGUAUAUACUGGAAGUGUUCCAAACAGGCUGAUUUGGGGACAACAGCUCUUUGUAAAGCCUUGAUGUCAGUUAGUGGAAUACAACCCUGCCUUUCAGUGAGGACACCUUUUCAUUCAGGGAACCCAUACUCAUACCAAUUGGAUGAAAAUGAAAGCUAUGCAGAUUCUCCAGCAAAUGGAGGGGAAUCAGCUCUGGAAUCAAAUCUAGUGAAGUACCAAAUAUUCAAAUCUGUUCCUGGAGAGACACAGGCAAACCCAAAGGAAAUGUGUACCAGCCAACUGCACCUGAAUGCCCUGGAAAUUAUUCGGAAGAAGCGGGAUAAACAGACUUUGACCAAAGAAGAAAUCCAUUACUUUGUGAAAGGUGUAACAGAGGAAAGCAUCCAAGACAGCCAGAUAGGCGCUAUGCUGAUGGCAAUUCGUCUACAAGGAAUGACACAGGAGGAAACAGUGAAUCUGACCCAGGAGAUGAAAGCGUUUGGUGCCACCCUGCAAUGGCCGAAGGAGUGGUCCGGGUUGGUAGUUGACAAGCAUUCGACAGGAGGAGUCGGGGACAAGGUCAGCCUCAUUCUUGCACCAGCACUGGCUGCAUGCGGUUGCAAGGUUCCAAUGAUCAGUGGGCGGGGCUUGGGGCACACUGGAGGCACACUGGAUAAACUGGAAUCUAUCCCAGGAUUCAACAUUAAGAAGAAUCCGGAAGAGAUGAAGACUAUCUUGUCAGAGGUUGGUUGUUGUAUUGUCGGGCAGACGGCUGAGCUGGUGCCAGCUGAUAAGAAGCUUUAUGCUAUCAGGGAUGUGACAUCGACAGUGGACAGUCUGCCUCUCAUUGCAGCCUCUAUCAUAUCAAAGAAAGCAGUGGAGUCCCUUCACGGUCUGAUUCUGGAUGUGAAGUAUGGAGAAGGAGCUUUGUUCAAGGAGAUCGAUGGAGCAAGAGAGCUGGCACAAUACCUGGUAGAUGUUGGAAAUCACUUGGGAAUUCGAACAGUUGCUGCUCUCUCCAGGAUGGAUAAUCCCAUUGGGAGAUGUGUUGGGAACUCAUUGGAAGUCAUUGAAUCCAUUGAAUGCCUGGAGGGGAAUGGACCCAAGGACUUGGAGGAACUGGUCACCUGCUUAGGAGGCCACCUGCUACAUCUGUGUGGAAAAGCUGAGAGUUUCAAGGCUGGAGAAAAGGCCAUCAAGGAUGUGUUGAAAAAUGGCAGUGCCCUGGACAAGUUCCUAGCUAUGCUAGUGGCCCAGGGAGUGACGACUGACUUUGCCGAGUAUCUGUGUCAGGGGAAAGAGAUCCUUAAACGUGCCGCGAAACAGGAAGAACUGAAGGCCGAGGCUGAAGGGAUAGUUCAGGCAAUCCACUCUUUGCCAUUAGCCGAGGUACUGCACGAACUAGGAGCAGGACGCAAUCAACCUGAAGAGUCAAUCAACCACAGUGUUGGUGUAGAACUUCUGAAAACUGUGGGUAACAAGAUUAACAAAGGGGAUUCCUGGAUUAGGGUCCAUUUUGAAGAUAGUUCCCUCAGUGAAGCACAGAAGAUUCGUCUCCAGAAAUCACUGGUCAUCGGAGAAAAGUUUGAAGAUGUUCCCUUGGUUACUGAGAUCAUUGGAGCAUAGUUGCAGGAACAGAAAAGACACAAAUGCACAGUUUAAAAGACAAACAAACCUUUGGUCUUUCCCUGACUUUGCCAGCUUUAUUUAAUUUCCCAGGGUCCUCUACAGUUGGCUACACCAGUUCCUUUUGUGCAGCCUGUCCAGAAUGCUUUGGCUCUUCCAUCGUCACUAAGAGGCUGAUUAGUGAGCUGACUUGGAAUGCUGCAGACAUAAGAGCACUGAUGCGAUAUAAUAUGUCCAUGAAUCUCUCUGUACCAACAUUUCUUACCAGUUACCAUGGUUCUUUACCGUCAGCUUAUUGCAUCUUGCUUAGUGUUGGACAAUAAAUGUCUGAAAUACCAA